AUGAAGAUAUGUCUACACUAUCUCGGUGACCCUGGAUAUCAACAAGGUAUUGGUCAGGAACUUAGUGUUAGUCAAGCAACGGUAUCUCGGAUGGUGGAUAGAGUUGUGAACAGCAUAGUUGCACAGUGGAUCAAGUUUCCAACUACCAACCAUGAACUGAUGGAGGCCAAGCGGAUAUGGCAAAGCAUGUAUAAAUUUCCGACAGCAAUUGGUGUAAUUGAUUGUACACAUAUAGGAAUCCUGAAACCAAAUCGCCAUGGAGAUGAGUAUAUCAACCGAAAAGAGAAACCUACUUUAAAUGUGCAAGCCACUUGUGAUGCCAGAGAGAUAUUCACAAGUUUUGAUGUCAGUUGGGCUGGAUUAGUGCAUGAUUCCAGAAUAUAG